AUGGCCGAAUCACAAAACAUUUCCAAAGUUGUCUUUAUGCCUGAUCAAGAAGAAAAGUUAAUAGAAGAAGUACGAAAUAAUUCUGAACUGUAUGAUUUGUCCAAACCUAGCCACAAGGAUAUAAUUUUGAAGGAUGAUAUCUGGAAAAAUAUUUCUUUAAAAGUUGGAAGAUCUGUUGACGAUUGCAAGAGGCGAUGGAAAAACAUAAAAGACACUUAUAAUCGGAACAAAAGAAAGUUAGGAACAGGAUCUGCUGCAUCAUCAAAAAAAAAAUGGAUUUUGGCCGAUCGCGUAUCAUUUUUAAACUCUGUGGACAAUGAGCGAAAUUCUACAUCGAACAUUGAUACGCCACUAGAUGAUGAUGUAAGUGUUGAUACUGACGACGAGAUUGAUGUUGACAAUUCAAAUAAGGACGACAAUGUUGAAUUACCAACGUGUUCAUUUGCGGGCAUUAAUGAAGCUAAAAUGAAAACACUUAUGUUAGUCAAUGAACUUCAAGAAAGAUAUGCUAAUCCUCCUCAAAUUACUACGCCUAGUUUUUUUCCGAUUCAAAACUUCCAACAAAACCAACAACAUUACUACGGAGUUUCUAAUCCACAAAACAUAUCGCCGAUUUCAUACUCUGACUCAGACCGUUCUCAAACUUCAUCGUCUGCCAUUUCAUACCCUACAUCGAUCAACCCACAAACCAUCGCACCAUCGCACAUGACAUUCUCGCCUACAAACGACUUUGAAAGUACAUCUUCACCGGCAUACUUCAAUAAUUCUAAUUAA